UGCUUGAUCAUGUGACAGGUACAAAAGUCAAAAUGGCGGCUGGAAUUUUGAUCGCGACAGUCAUCGCCCUUAUUUUUAUUGCAAUAUGGUUUAAACAGUCUUAUCGGAUUAAAAAACUGGUGGAUAAGUUUCCUGGACCUCCUGCCCUUCCUUUGAUUGGAAAUGCACAUAUAUUAAAACGUGAUGGUGCAGAUUUUUAUGAACAGCUCAUAGAGUUCACCAGGACAUAUCCAGAAGGUGCAACAAGGCUCUGGUUGUCUGAUUUUAGACCAUGGAUUAUUUUUUACUCUGCCAAUUUUGUUGAGAAUUUUAUGAGCAACUUUUGGAGUACACUUACAUGUACGCAGAAGAAGGCACAUGUAGAUUAUGGAUGGGAGUCAAACCCUUUUUAGCAGUAUUUCGAGCACAACAUGUAGAGCCUUUGUUGAACAGUACCAAGCACAUGGACAAAUCUGCAGAAUAUGAUUUCCUACACCCCUGGCUUGGCACAGGCUUACUUACCAGUACUGGUUUAAAAUGGCACCAGAGACGUAAACUCCUCACACCUACCUUUCAUUUCAAAAUACUGAGUGACUUUCUGGAAGUAUUUAAUGAGCAAUCUAAAAUAUUUGUGUACCAGCUUAGAAACCAGACUGAGAAAGACAUUGACUUAUUCCCAUUUAUCACCAAAUGUGCCUUGGACAUCAUAUGUGACACUGCUAUGGGGAAACAUGUGAAUGCUCAGGGAAAUCCAGAGUCAAAAUAUGUGGAAGCUGUUUAUUUAAUGAGUGAGAUUGUUCACAGAAGACAAAAAGCACCAUGGCACUGGCCGGAUAUCUUGUUCAAUACUAUUGGACGUGGCAAAGAACAUGACAAAUGCUUGGAAAUUUUGCAUGGAUUCACAGAAAAGGUAAUUCAGGAGAGACAGGCAGAACAUAAACAAUACAGUGACGACAUAUCCUCAGAGAACAUUGAUGAAAAACUUGGUAAACACAAAAGGCUUGCCUUCCUGGACAUGCUGUUGUUUGCUCAGAAAGAGGCUGGUCUCACCUUCACAGACAUUCGGGAAGAAGUUGACACAUUCAUGUUUGAGGGUCAUGACACGACAGCAGCAGGUAUGGCAUGGGCCUCACAUUUGAUUGGUUCACAUCCUGACGUACAACAAAAACUACAUGACGAAAUGGACAGCAUAUUUGGUGAAAGUGAAAGAAUGCCUUCAAAGGAUGACCUGACUAAAAUGAAGUAUUUGGAAUACUGCAUCAAGGAGUCGCUCCGUUUGUUCCCAUCAGUGCCAAUGUUUGCCAGGACAAUAACUGAAGACAUUGAAAUUGAUGGCAAGAUUGUGCCCAAGGACACAACAGCAGUGAUUGUGACAAGUGCGUUACAUCGUGACCCCAAAUAUUUCCCAGACCCAGAGAAAUUUGACCCAGAGAGAUUCACACCGGAAAAUGCAAAUGGGCGACAUCCUUACGCUUAUGUUCCCUUCUCUGCUGGGAUGAGAAACUGCAUUGGACAAAAGUUUGCCAUGAUGGAGGAGAAAGUUAUUCUGUCCUCCCUUCUACGAAACUAUUCCAUAAAAUCCGUACAACGCCGAGAUGAAAUUCGACCAUUGGGAGAGCUAAUUUUGAGACCUGACUCAGGUAUCAGAGUGAGGCUCACAGCACGGAAAUAAGUGAAAAUAGUGAUAACAGAAUGAAAUAAGUGAAAAUAGUGAUAACAGUAUCAAAACAGUGAAAAUAGUGAUAACAGUAUCAAAACAGUGAAAAUAGUGAUAACAGUAUGAAAACAGUGAAAAUUGUUUGAAAUACAUGUA